GUUCCCUUUAAUGGCAGCUAAGCUAAGCUUUCCUCACACCUUUAUAUAUCAGAGAUUAAAAAACACCCAUCAAUGUUGAGCUGCCCAAUAUUCCAUUGUCUUCAAUGCAAAACUAAAUUGGUGAUCCUCUUCGUAAACUAAAGAGAGUGCUGUUAUUAGUAUUACUCUCUAUCUGUCACAUUUCAAAAGUUCUCUCCUUUUCUUUCCUUUGGUUUUGAUCAGCAUCAGGAUGAGGGAAGAAAGCAACCAUCCAUCAGAGAACAGGUCCAAAGUUUCAAAAUUUGCAGACCAAAACCAACCCCCAAAGCCUCAAAACCCCAAAGGAACAACCAACAAUCCAAUCAUCUCAAGGCCAAGGUUGUCUUCUUCAUGGGGUGCCCAUAUUGUAAAAGGCUUCGCUGCAGAUAAAAAAUCCAAACUUCAAUCAACAAUCCCCACCAAAAAACAACAGCAGCAGAAUCUGACAACAAUCUCUGAUGCUGUUCAAAACCAGAAGAAUCAGCCACCACAAUCUAGGGUCAAGAGGUCCCUCAUUGGUGACUUGGCAUGCUCUAUUAAUGGUGGAGCUCAGGUUCAUCCACAUGGAUACCCUUCACAUAGGAGACAAUCUUCCACUGAUUUAUUCACUGAGCUUGACCACAUGAGGGGGCUAUUGCAAGAAUCAAAGGAGAGAGAGUCCAAGCUUCAUGCAGAGCUUGCUGAGUGUAAGAAGCACAAUGGUGAGGUUGAUGAGCUUGUGAAGAAGGUAGCAUUAUUGGAACAAGAGAAACAUGGCCUCUCUGAGCAACUUGCUGCAUUGACCCGUGUCUCUUCUGAGAGUGGUGAAGUGGUGGUUAAAGGGGAAAAGGAUAGUUCAGUGCAGGAUCUUGAGCUUGAGGUUGUUGAGUUGAGGAGGGUCAAUAAGGAGCUGCAGAUGCAGAAGAGAAGUCUCACUUGCAGGCUCUCUUCUCUUGAAUCUCAGUUGUCUUGUCUUGCCAAAUCUUCAGAGAGUGACAUUGUCGCCAAAAUCAAAGCUGAGGCAUCAUUGCUAAGGGUCACCAAUGAAGACCUGUCCAAACAAGUAGAAGGUUUACAAAUGAGUAGAUUAAAUGAGGUUGAGGAGCUUGCAUACCUGAGGUGGGUGAAUUCAUGUUUAAGAAAUGAAUUGAAGAACACAUGCUCACCAAUGGAUUCUGAUAAGCUAUCUAGCCCCCAACCUGAUGUGAAUAGUAGUAGUGGAGAUUGUGUUAGUUCCUUCUCUGAUCAAAGCAAUAGGUACCUAAACUGUGGUAGUAGUGGAAAUAGGUUCAAUUUGAUGAAGAAGCCGAAAAAGUGGCCUAUAACUAGUGAUAAUUUGUCACAAGUAGAAUGUCCAGAUAGUAUUAUUGAGAAGAAUUGGAUGGAAUCUGAGGUAGCAGGAGGCCCCCAAAGACGACACUCUAUUAGCGGAUUGAAUUGUUCAGAGGAAGAGGUAGUCCUGAGUAAGAGAAGACAAUCGGAUUGUUUUGUAUGUACCAAAGAAAUGGAGAAGGAACCAUCAGUGCCAUUAUUAUCCGUUCAACAAUCUGGUUUGGAGGUUGUCCAAAGAGAAGCUAACAAGCUUUUGACUUGUUUGGAUGUCGAGAAGAGGGCCCUGCGCAUUCCUAAUCCGCCUCCUAGGCCUUCAUGUUCUAUUUCUAGCAAAAUGAAACAAGAGAGUUCUGCUCAAAUUCCACCUCCUCCACCUCCACCUCCUCCUCCACCACCUGUGAAUUUCACAGCAAGAAGUAAUACAGGGACGGUGAAACGAGCCCCACAAGUGGUGGAAUUGUACCAUUCACUUAUGAAGAGAGAUUCUAGAAGGGACUCUACAAAUGGAGCACUCUCUGAUACAACUGAUGUUGCAGAUGUUCGGAGCAGCAUGAUUGGAGAAAUUGAAAAUCGGUCGUCAUAUUUGCUUGCUAUAAAGGCAGAUAUUGAAACUCAGGGAGAAUUUGUAAAUUCAUUAAUUAGAGAGGUGAACAAUGCAGUUUACCAGAACAUUGAAGAUGUAGUGGCAUUCGUGAAGUGGCUUGAUGAUGAACUCUGCUUCCUUGUAGAUGAGAGGGCAGUCCUCAAGCAUUUUGAUUGGCCAGAGAAGAAAGCUGACACAUUAAGAGAAGCAGCAUUUGCAUAUCAAGAUUUGAAAAAGUUAGAAUCUGAAGUUUCAUCGUAUAAGGAUGAUCCACGGCUACCUUGUGAUGUCGUUCUAAAGAAAAUGGUUACCUUAUCCGAAAAGAUGGAGCGUACCGUUUACAACCUUCAUCGCACACGAGACUCUUUGAUGCGUAACUGCAAGGAGUUUCAAAUUCCUUUAGAAUGGAUGCUUGAUAAUGGAAUCAUUGGCAAGAUAAAGCUAGGAUCGGUUAAAUUGGCAAAAAGGUAUAUGAAAAGGGUGGCUAUGGAACUGCAAGCAAAGUCAUCACUAGAAAAAGAUUCCGCAAUGGAUUACAUGCUUCUCCAAGGAGUGAGAUUUGCUUUUAGGAUCCAUCAGUUUGCAGGAGGAUUUGAUUCAGAAACAAUGCAUGCAUUUGAGGAACUUCGCAGCCUUGCCUCUUUACUUAACAAAAUGUAAACAGAAAUAUGGGGAUUGAUGGUUUCAGCUUACAAUCUCAGUAAGCUACAUACAGGGUGGUUACAUAGUUGCAAUGUGGAUUGGUUCCUGUUUGUUUCGCCUGCCAUUUCACUACAUUUUCUGUAGCGAGAGACAGGCGACAUUUUUGUUAUUUGUACCAUGCAGUAUGUUCAAUCAAAAGACUUCAAAUUCGUGUUGUGUAUCUCUUUGCAACACUGUAGAAAUCUUGUAUGCAAAGCCAGCGCAGCAAUGGAGCAAAUA